AGGUGAUUGUGUCAAAAAUGCGAGCUAUGCAUGAAGCAAAGCUUCAUGGUGCUUUCUGUACUAAAUUAUGUGGCAAUUUUUUCUUUUCUCUUGUUUUUGGCUCUGACGGCCUACGUUUUGGUGAAAUAUUUAAAGCUUCGCGCCGGUUCUUUGAACCGUCACCGUCUUUACAUCAAUACACCAGUGGUCUUCACGAGUAGCACGGGAGUAUACUUGAGGAAAGUGAAAUUCCGGCAAAACACUCGAACUAAUGUUAUUAAAUUACGCCAAAAGAACUUAAAAAACGCUGCGGAGAUUUACAGUAUGAGUGUCUGUGACGUCCCGCUUCAAACUUACAACAUUUUUUGAAUAUUUGGGGAUAUUUCUCUCUCACGGGCAGCCGUUUUAGUGACUUGAGUGAAAUGUCAAAUAAAAGUGUAAAGUAGUGUAGCUUAGACUCAAGUUUUUUCUGUUGUGUGUAAUUGUUUACGAAUUUUUUUAUUUAAAUAAUGAUGAUGGUUAAGUGGGUGGUUUUUGCGUUGUCUAGGCUGUUGUAAAAAGGUUUAACGAAAGAUCAACCAGGAAAAGGCUAAAUGUCAUGGGAUUUUGCUCAAGAAGAUACUUUUUUUUAUCAGUUUGUCUCUUACAAAUGUUAUCAGUUAUCGAGAGGCAGGUGUUUGAUUUUCUGGGAUUUUUGUGGAUACCAAUUCUUGUGAACUUCUUUGAAAUUAUUUUCAUAAUACUGGGAUUUUUUGGUGCAUAUCAAUAUCGGCCUAAAUAUAUCAUAUCGUACAUUUUGUGGCACCUUUUCUGGUUGGGUUGGAACGUUUUCAUCAUUUGUUUAUAUUUAGAUGUAGCCAACUUGGACCAUAAGACUAAUAAAGUGCUCAAAUUGGACCCAAAGAGUGAGAGCUGGUGGAGUAACGAGGGACCAGGAUGUAAGCGCAUUUUGAGUGAAUCCUAUCAGACUGCUAGUGAGAAUUGUCUUGUAAAUUACGUACACGUUGAAAUAUUCCAGGCAGGGUUACAAUGUGUGGCUUCUUUAAUCGGAAUUGUGAUUGGAAUUUGUUUAAGUCGCAUAUUUUUAGAGGAAGAUGAUACUUCAUCACGUAAAUCGUCACGAAAAAACACAAAACGAAUGUCUCUCUACUCAAUCGAAUUUAGCUCUCAGCUGGAGAACCGUCAUGACAGUGAUAACGAGUUCGAUAACGAGCAUUUGCCGCAACCAGUUUCCCCAAAGCCGAUGACACCUCGAAGAGUAAAGCGCCGUAGUGUCAUGACAAGGGGUUCCUCCGGCAGACACAGCACCAUCAGCAGCAGUAGCAGAAGACAUUCGACCGCACGCUCGUCCACAAGAAGCUCCCGUAGGAUGACGCAAAACCCAGUUACGCGUUUGUUGGAGCAGCAGCAAAAAACGCAUGCUUACGAUAGCCCAGCUAGUCCCUCUCCCCCCAUUGAUUCCCCACUCCCCAACUACUACAACAGUGUGUCUAACAACAACCUGGCGAUUCACCAGAAUUGGCAACAUAAUGGCCAUUCAAACCCCACAUACCAACAAUCUUCCACGCAAUCACUCAACGAUACCGAAGAUUUUGACGACUUGUAUAACAAUAGACCGGCUUCGGUCAGGUCAAGUUACUCGAACUUUCACGGAACGAGGACUAUUAACUACAACGCGCCUAAACACUACCACAGUCACGCUACGCCUCAAGUGCCACAAAAGCGCAACAAUCCGGGCAGGAAUAGUAUGAGAUCGAUGGCCUUUCUCAAUAAUGGCCCUCCUGCAUACACUUCACAACGGCAAGCUUCUAUUGAUUCAGAGACCACGAUUUAGUAGUUUAGUAUUUAUUUUUGAGACCCCUUGUGAUAAUUAGUUAAGGUUAAUAUACAAAAGUACAGAUCUUGCCCGCUGUUUUAAAAGACUGCCACAGGGAUGUCAAUGUAAAUAUUUUUUAAUUUUAUGGUGAUCAACGUUAGAAUUAUUUAUUGAUUCAUUUCAGAUACAAUGUUUUUGUUUCAAUUCAGCUUUCGGAAUGUACUUAAAUUUUGCAAUUGUACACACGUCGUAAAGGCAAUAAUUUCGUGUAAUAUUUUUGUGUUCAUAUGUAUUGUACAUAUACUGCUUAUAGUAGGCGUAUAAUUAGCGAUGUUUUUUACCAAAGUAUUAUGUGCAUAAACAUAUUUUUAUCAUUAUACAAUUCGUAGGAUUUUUUUUAAUAAUAAAAAAUACUUAAUG